AUGAACGUCUCUCAGACAAUGGAGACAGAGGAGGAUCUCCUGUCUUGUCUUCAGAUCAAAUUUUACCACCCUCAGCAGAGUUGUAGGGCCCUGUACGGUUUACUCCCUCUGGGCAGCCGGAGCAGACUGUCAGCCGACGACCCCCUCAGGUUUGGCCGGGACGCCCAGUCCUGCACCUUCUCCCUGGUCGACCCCCGGGUGUCCCGUAAACAGCUGGCCCUCUUCGCCUACCGCACGCCCCACAGCCCGGACAUGCUGUUCACUAUCCAGAACCUGAGCCAGAGGGGGCGUCUGUCGGUGAACGGCCAGGCGCUGGGAUACCUGGAGAGGACGGAUCUCCCGGACAAGGCUCUGGUCCGGUUUGGGGAGUACGAGAUGCUCAUCAUCAGGGAGUCUGGGGAGGCCAAGGCCAGCUUUGAGGUGGAGUUCGAGGUGCUGGCGGUGCCUCCGUCCAGGGAGAUGUGCAUGUAUGAGCCCAGCGUGACACCCGUCAUGGACACAGGCUCUCGUGUGAUGAACCGUUUCCCAGUUCACCUCAGAGCCACCGGCCCCUUGGAGACUGAUGAGACUCUGAUGUGUCAUUCGUGACGAACCGUCGCCGAUUACUGAGCUAUUCUGAGACUUUUUGACUUUCUUACUGAGCUUAAAGGUCAAGUAAAUUACUGUUCAAGUAGGUAUGCCUUACACAUAAUCAAUAAUGUGAAAUCAUAGUAUUAUUUUGCACCUUGUAUCUAUCAUAUCUAAAGAUUCUGAAGCUGUGAUCUUUGUGCAAUUUCACUUUUAAAGUGUAGAUGUUAUGAAGCUAUUUUCAACUGAGCAUUAAACUGUUUUUAUGUAA